GGGCGGCCGCCUAGCUUUUCCCCGGGCCGCCGUCAGCUGACGGGUGCUGGCAACAUGGCGGCGGAGAUCCAUUCGCGGCCGCAGAGCAGCCGCCCCGCGCUGCUCAGCAAGAUCGAGGGCCACCAGGACGCGGUCAGCGCCGCGCUGCUCAUCCCCAAGGAGGACGGCGUCAUCACGGCCGGCGAGGACAGAACAAUUCGAGUAUGGCUGAAGAGGGACAGUGGGCAGUACUGGCCCAGUAUUUACCACACCAUGUCAUCUCCUUGUUCAGCUAUGGCUUAUCAUCAUGACAGUAGACGAAUAUUUGUAGGUCAGGAUAAUGGAGCUAUUAUGGAGUUUCAUAUCUCGGAAGACUUUAAUAAGAUGAAUUUUGUCAAGACCUACCCAGCUCAUCAAAAUCGGGUGUCUGCUGUUACUUUCUGCCUGACAUCAGAGUGGGUUAUCAGUACUGGUCAUGAUAAGUGUGUCAGUUGGAUGUGCACCAGGAGCGGGAGCAUGCUGGGGAGACAUUACUUUACCUCCUGGGCUUCAUGUUUACAAUACGAUUUUGAUACUCAGCAUGCUUUUGUUGGCGAUUACUCUGGACAGGUCACACUGCUGAAGCUUGAACAGAAUAUUUGCUCAGUUAUAACAACACUCAAAGGUCAUGAAGGAAGCAUUACUUCCUUGUGGUGGGAUCCUGUUCAACGACUCCUCUUCUCUGGAGCAUCUGAUCACAGCAUUAUCAUGUGGGAUAUCGGUGGAAGAAAAGGACGAACACUGCUGCUUCAAGGCCAUCAUGACAAGGUGCAGGCCAUCUGUUACCUCCAGCUCACACGACAACUGGUUUCCUGUUCAGCUGAUGGCGGAAUUGCUGUUUGGAAUAUGGAUAUCAGCAGAGAGGAGGCUCCUCAAUGGCUAGAAAGUGAUUCUUGUCAGAAAUGCGAACAGCCUUUCUUCUGGAAUAUAAAGCAGAUGUGGGACACAAAGACACUAGGGUUGAGGCAGCAUCACUGCAGAAAAUGUGGCCAAGCAGUGUGUGGUAAAUGCAGCACCAAGCGGUCCAGCUACCCAAUCAUGGGCUUUGAAUUCCAGGUCCGUGUCUGUGACUCUUGUUUUGAGUCCAUCAAGGAUGAAGAUCGUGCUUCCUUGGCAACCUUUCAUGAAGGAAAACACAACAUUUCCCACAUGUCCAUGGACAUCUCUAGAGGCCUAAUGGUGACCUGUGGGAGUGAUCGAGUUGUGAAGAUAUGGGACAUGACACCAGUAGUUGGUUGCAGCCUUGCAGCUGGCUUCUCAUCACGCUGAUGUGGGACCUAACUGAUUUAUGCACCUUAUGUACAGCACCAUGCACCAAAUGAAUGAAGUCCCUCCUAAGUUUAUUGCCACAAAACACUGGUUGCUUGAUCUUCUGCUGCUCUUCCAGGCUGGACAGUCACUGUUGUACAGCACAGCUCUACUGGACUUGACAGGAAUCACCUUGAUUACAGAAAUGCAGUUUUGCAGCCUGUUAGAUGAUUGGGGUGCGGGGGGAAAUAGCUUCACCUGCAACAUGACACCAUGAUGCAAGGACCUGGUUUACAUGUGUUUAACAAUGUGCUCUGUCUGCUGAUAACUCUUUAGAUACUGUACAGGAAGGACUUAUCAGAGUAAAAUGGGUUUAAUGCUCUUAAAUUUGUGCAAGUAGUAAAUAACUUAUUCUCACUUCCAGUAAGCAGUCUCUUUGGAACUACUUGUCUGGUAUAUAAUCACUGUCUAGAUUUGCCUCCAAAGGGCAUAUUUGGUUAACUUUUUGGAAGGAGGAAAUACAUCUUUCUUUUAAGCAGCAUUUGAUUAACAGGGUAGACAUUCCCAUAGAGGCAGCACUGGAAGUAACUGUUUUGAUUUGUAGGAAAUCUUAUCCACUAGCUGGCUUGGAGUGUUGUCUGCAAGUUCAGUUAUAUGAAAACUCAUUUUUGUAAGGCAUCUGCUCUGUUCAGAUAGCUUGCAACCAUCUGCAAAUAAUCCCAGGCUCUUAGACAUGCUCAAGUUAUAUUUAGACCCUCUUUUGGCUAAUAUGUAUACUUUUAUAACUCUUCUAUAGUAGAAAAAAACUGCAUGUGCUCACAAAUAGUGAGAGCAGCCCAUGAUAUGCCUCAAACCAUAUGCACAGUACAGAUUUAUUACAGUACUGUUCCAAUGGAGAACCAUACAGACCUUUCUUUGAGUGUAAUGUUAA